AUUUUUCGCUGCUGCCUCUGGCGCCACCGUCCCUCCCUUCCGCCAUGAACCUUCGCUCUUACACCGCAUACCUGAACCUCGUGGUACAUUGCUCAAUGCGAAUGCCUCCAGUCUCAGCGUUUCACACCACGGCCGUAUGGGCUGCUAGAUAUUGUCGACUACUCGGGAUUCCGUCAUGUCUAAGGAGAGGAGACAUAUCUUUGUUUCAAACUACCGCCCAACGGGACAAGCGCAUGGCCUCUAUUCAAGAUGGACGAGGAGGUCACAAUCGUGGCGUGGCAGCAAUGCCGAAGGUGGAUGGGAGGGUUGCUUGCACAGCGACUUUGGAGGUUUCUGUGGCAUCACCGGAAGAAAUGGAAGAAACAGGCGCUUUCUUCGGCGAGGACGCCAGUGGUGGAGACGUGGUUCUCUUGUCGGGAGACUUGGGAACGGGCAAGACCUGCUUCGCAAGGGGGUUUGUUCGAGCAAGAGUCGGGGAUCCUGGCCUAGCGGUGACUUCACCGUCGUACCUCUUGGACAACACCUAUGAGGUUGCAGAUGAAGAUCUCACACUGCACCACAUGGAUCUAUACCGGCUUCAAGGGGGUACCGAUCUUCGAGUGCUCGGUAUUCCGGGCGUGUUUGAGACAUGUGUUUGUCUUGUUGAGUGGCCUGAUCGGCUGGGAGCGACUCAACCAGUCAACAGACUAGAUGUUCACCUGACAGCGGUCAACGAAGAAGAACGAAUAGUUAAAUUCAUGGGACAUGGCGCCUGGUGGACGGGGGUGGUGGAAGAUUUCCGGGAAGCAAGGCGAACAAGGAAGCUUCGUUAGUUCACCUUCAGUGUCGUGCCCGACAAUUUCGUGUUUUGCCAGAGUCUCAUAUUCGUGUAGGAAGCAUGUGACUGCAGCACCUCAACAAUGGGUGCGUACGAUGAUCAGUUGAGUAGUUAUUUACGAAGAUACGGCCUUUGCUUGGUCUUCACAUGCACUCGAUUUGGGUACCUCAGACACGUUAGCUUUUCCAUGACCAUCAAGGGCCCAUGUACAUGCACACCAAGAUUGUGUGUGAAGUCUUCCGACGGCAUAAAAAGAGACAUUGGGUCCAACUUCGCGACUAUGACUGUCAUGGUGGCCAACCAUAUGCUCCGGUCGUCGUGUCCUUUGGAAUUUAAGUCGAUGCGUGACGGUUAUCGCUCGUCGUAAUUCUUCGGGCCAGGGCACCGGGAUGUCGGUUACUAACCUAGGAGUCAUCGGACCGAGGGGCGCAGAGAAGUAAGAUCUUGGAGGAUCAUUCCUUUUGUUUUUUUCGAAUUCUGCAUCGGUCUACAACCCCGCUUGGGCGCAUGACUCCGUGCUACUACAAGUAGCUCCGAGCCACUUUUUGAACCGUACCCGGGUACUCGCAUU